AUGCAAAGCGAGCUUUUGUCAAAACUCUUUGGUGGUAAACUGUUUUUCUCCCCCUUGAGUAGGACAAACCCACCGCGGUAUAUCCUUGACAUUGCUACGGGGCUGGGCGAUUGGGCUAUUCAAAUGGGUGAUUUGUUUCCUACGGCGGAGAUUAUUGCCACUGAUUUAUCCCCCAUUCAACCCGAAGAAGUGCCCCCCAAUGUUAAUUUCUACGUCGAAGACUCGUCCGAUCCUUGGGAUUACUCGCACAAGUUUGACUUCAUUCACACUCGAGCAACUAGCGGGUGUUGGACAUCAUUCGAAAAGCAAAUUGUCCAGCAGGCUUUUGAUUCACUCGAGCCUGGGGGAUACUUUGAAUCGCAGGAAAUUGACAGUAUGCUGGGGUGCGAUGACGGCACGGUAAAUGCCAGUGGUGCUUUGGCCCGGUGGCUGAGCGACAUGACAAUGGCCAGCAAUCAAUGCGAUCGGUCGUUGAUUAUUGGGGCGAUAAUGAAGGAGGCCUACAAACGAGUUGGUUUCGUCGACGUCCAAGAGGUCAUGUUCAAGGUCCCCACCAAUGGUUGGGCAAGAGAUGGGCAUCCAAGAGAGAUUGGCAAGAUGUGGGAGAAGAAUCUCCUCUCCGGGCUGAGCGGUUUCUCUUUGAUCUUGUUUCACAGGGUGUUUAAUAUGAGCCCAGAGGAAGUCGAGGUUUCGUUGGUCGAUGUGCGCCGAGAGAUAUCCGACCCCGGCGUACAUGCGUGGAUGCCGGUGCAUGUUGUGUGGGGUAGGAAGCCUGAUCCAGAGGAAGGGGAGAAGAUUGGAUAA